AUGUCUGCUGCUAAAGCUCAAAACACUAUGCGUGAAUUGAAGAUCGAGAAAUUGGUCUUAAACAUUUCUGUCGGUGAAUCCGGUGACAGAUUGACUAGAGCCUCCAAGGUUUUAGAACAAUUAUCUGGUCAAACCCCAGUCCAAUCUAAGGCUAGAUACACUGUCAGAACUUUCGGUAUCAGAAGAAACGAAAAGAUUGCUGUUCACGUUACCGUUAGAGGUCCAAAGGCUGAAGAAAUCUUGGAAAGAGGUUUGAAGGUCAAGGAAUAUCAAUUGAGAAACAGAAACUUCUCUGCCACCGGUAACUUCGGUUUCGGUAUCCAAGAACAUAUUGAUUUGGGUAUUAAGUACGAUCCAUCUAUUGGUAUUUUCGGUAUGGAUUUCUACGUUGUCAUGGGUAGACCAGGUGCUAGAGUCGCCAGAAGAAAGAGAUGUAGAUCCACUGUCGGUAACUCCCACAAGACCUCCAAGGAAGAUACCAUUUCUUGGUUCAAGCAAAAGUACGAUGCUGAUGUCUUGGACAAAUAA